AUGACGGCUAUUUCGGACGCCGCCCUCUGCAGCCUUUGGUGCCCAACGGGUGUGUUUGUGUGCUUGCUUGCAGAGCCUGCCUUUGGGGAAGUGAACCAGCUCGGAGGGGUGUUCGUCAACGGGAGACCCCUGCCCAAUGCCAUCAGGCUGCGGAUUGUGGAACUGGCGCAACUGGGUAUCAGGCCGUGCGACAUCAGCCGGCAACUGCGCGUUUCCCACGGCUGUGUCAGCAAGAUCCUGGCUCGCUACAACGAGACGGGCUCCAUCCUGCCGGGGGCUAUCGGAGGCAGCAAGCCCCGGGUCACCACCCCCACGGUGGUGAAACAUAUCCGGACCUACAAACAACGGGACCCGGGCAUCUUCGCCUGGGAGAUUCGGGAUCGCCUGCUGGCUGACGGCGUGUGCGACAAGUACAACGUGCCCUCGGUCAGCUCCAUCAGCCGCAUCCUCCGCAACAAGAUCGGCAAUCUGUCCCAGCAGAACCACUAUGAAUCGUACAAGCAGCACCAGCCGCCGCCGCAGCCGGCUCUGCCCUACAACCACAUCUACUCGUACCCUAGCCCCAUCGCCGGCGCCAAGGGGCCCACGCCACCCGGCGUGGCCGCCAUCCCCAGCGCCAUGGCCAUGCCCCGCACCUGGCCCUCCUCGCACUCGGUCACGGAUAUCCUGGGCAUCCGCUCCAUUACGGACCAAGUGAGCGACACAUCGCCGUACCCCAGCCCCAAGGUGGAGGAAUGGAGCAGCCUGGGCCGGAGCAGCUUCCCCGCCGCCCAGCACGCUGUGAACGGGCUGGAGAAGAGCUCCCUGGAGCAAGAGGCCAAGUACAGCCAGGCACCCAACGGUCUCUCUGCCGUCGGCAGCUUCGUCUCAGCACCGGCCAUGCCCCCAUACGCUACCCCAGCGCAAGUGUCGCCCUACAUGACGUACAGCGCUGCGCCGUCAGGCUACAUGGCGAGCCACGGCUGGCAGCACGCCGGCGGCACCGCGCUCUCGCCCCACGGCUGCGACAUCCCGGCCUCACUGGCCUUCAAGGGCAUGCCGGCGGCCCGCGAGGGCGGCCACUCGCUCACCGCCUCAGCGCUCUGA